GGAAAGAAGUUUCCUCGAUGAACUUUUUAUCGGCUUCGACAUAAUUUUUAACCAAAAACACAAGUUCAAAUUCGCAAAAACAACAAAAUUCAAUAUUCUUGAAUUGUCUAACGUAGUGUCAAACUGACAGUUCUAUGUUGUUGCCAUAUGAAAACGGAAAAAUAGGUGGUGUCACGUUUCGCUUGCCAAACUCUAGUAAAGGAAUCGCAGGGCAGUUCACUUAUAUCACUGAGACGUAUUUACUAGAACAGAUCCAUCUACUAGGUAAUGUAUAAUACUAUGCCGCACAUAUUAUAAUUUUCUAAAUACUUUAUCCACCAAGUAUUCAUCAUAAAGAUAUAAACAAGAAACAAAUGGUAAAAAUUGAAAUGAUUCUGGUAACACUGACCCUAAAAUGUUCAGUGUUCAGAGCCGAAUUAAUUAUUUAAAAAAAAAAAUACUUGCGCAAGCGCAUAGGUAAACAUUGUUAUCACUUAUUUUCAUUGAUUAUUUUUAAUACAAUGGUGUAAAUCAUAGAAAAUACAUAAUACCGGUAGUAAGCUUAGUGGUAAUAUUUGUUACUAAAUAAUGGAAAGUGAUUCAAAUGAGUUUUUUGUGAAAGUGCCUUGGGGAAAUAUAGCCUUGGUUUCAUGGUACGAGGGGUCUUUAGAGCCAGUGCUCAUGGUACAUGGGCGACUAGAUAGCGCGGCGACAUUCUUUCCUCUAGUGGCACAGUUACCUAGGAAUCGGCAGUAUGUCGCCGUUGAUCUACCAGGGAACGGGAGGUCGGAUGCAUUCCCAAAAGGUUUGCCAAUAAAGAGAUUUGAUUUCAUAACCGCAAUCGACUUCGUGGUUCGUCACAUGGGCUGGAAGAGUUUCGUGUUUCUAGGACACUCAAUGGGAUGCGAGAUAGGUAAAAACUUGGUUAAAACCGAUCCCUUAAACCUGUGUUUUUCAACCAUUUUGAACACACGACCCUUUUCAUAGUUGAAAAAUUCUGACGACCCCCUUGUGGGCUAGGUAGCUUUUCAAUAAAGUUCUUUUUGAAUCCUACUGGUAAUUAAAAAAAAAACAAUAUUAAUAUUACCAGUAAGAUCGUCUCGCGUUCCACAGGUACAGCCAGCGGCACUGUCAAACUUAAUUUUAAUCCUAAAUAUAUUGUUGGUAGAGUUCAAAAUCAAUUGGGGAAAUUUGACAUAUUGUGGUAGCCUGCCGUGCAGUCGUAUGUACAUAUUUUUUAACGUUUCAGGUUUAUAUUACAAUGCUGUGUGUCCUGGCAGGAUAAGUAAAUUCGUACACUUAGACGCGGGACCCAGUUUUCAGCUGUUGCAGCAGCCAGACUUUCAGUUUUACUAUAAAAAUUACUUUCAUAAAUACUAUUCUAACUAUGACAGGUAA